GCUUAAACUAGAGUCUUUGGAAGAUGUCAGCUGCUUAACGGCGAUGUUGCGGCCGAUGGUUCGCCGCCCGACACGAAGACUCAAGUGUGUGCUGCCACACCGUGUAACAAACGCUUUACCACCCGACUCAAAGCAUUCUUACUCCUGCGCAAUAUGGCUUGACGGUCGAGUGACGGAUGUGCCCUACAGGCAGGACUAUGGGAUGAUCGGCAAACUUUGUAUGCUCGACUUCGUACCCCGCUAAUACCUAAACACCGUUGCCGGGAGUUCAAACGCAUCGCCACGACAAUGUCGAAUCCAGGCUUGAUGUUCGUUACGUCCCGUGUUACAGACUCGUCCAAAACCUCCGAUGAGAAGUACAACCGCUUUUACAACGACGAGCACCUGCCAGAUGUGCUCAACUACGGGAUCUCCAAGGUAGCCAUAAGGUACAAGAACGUCAAUGCUGAGUCGAAGAUACCGUAUCUGGCUUGCUACCCUCUCGACGAUGCCAACUUUCUCACUUCGCCUGGUCUGGAGAAGCUGGUCCAGGAUACAAGGAGUAGCAAGACAUUUGACAAUCAGGACGUCUAUGACUACGUCGAGUUCGGCUUGCGUCCGUACGAGAAGAUCCAGACAUAUGAAGGCAUUCACCCGGACUCGACCAGCUUGCCCGAUCCUUCUUCACACGCGCAUACAGUGAUUUGCGUGGCCAUGGAACCGGCAGACGAGCAAGACUUUGACGACUGGUACCGCAAGCAGCAUCUUGAUAUGAUGGCCAUGCUACCACCGUAUAGACGCACCACGCGGUACAAGCGCCUCGACGGAGAGGUGCCGCGGUAUCUUGCCAUGCAUGAAUAUGACUGCAAACCAGAUGAGAUUCCGGCAGAGCGUGCGAAGCUAGUGAACAGUGAGUGGAGUAGGAAAAUCAUUGGAGAGUGCAAGGUCUUCGACAGAGAUGUGUUUGAGCUGGUGCAGGUGCAGGGUGAUGCACAGGUGCAACUUUAGCACUGCACUCGUGGCUUCCAGCGGUAUCUGUAGUCUCCGCAAUAUCUUCGCCACUUCUCACCGACUCCCGAGUUCCGGCACAAUAUCUAUGUUGGCAGUUAUGCUAUUUCACUCACUACGGCAUUGACUCUUGAUCGCUUUUCAAGAGCACAGACACAUGCAAGUAAUGUGAGAGCUAGGUUACUCAUUCGUUUAACAGCGACGGCAGC